AUGGAAGAUAUGACGGUGGUCUGGUUAACUGAAAAUGUUCAUUUCGUUCCGGAAAUGUAUGUACUAAUCGUUCAGAUUCGAAAGAUUGUUUGCCAUCUGGAAUUAUUUGACGAUAUAGCUGAUUUUAAGAAUUAUCUUGAAUCCACUGUUCCUAGAACCUUAUUUGUGAUUAUAUCAGGUGCUUUGUGUGAUCGUGUUUCCGACUUUAUUGAUGAUUUGUCUGAAAUACAAUUUAUUUAUAUGUUAACUACAGAAAAUCGAAUCCGAUAUCAUUUAUCGUGGACAACAUCAUAUUCAAAUGUGCGAGGCGUCUUUAUCAAUACAGAUUUAUUACUGUCAAAAAUUGGACAAGAUGUCAACAACUGGAUGGAGAACAAUAAUAGUCACGAUACAUUCGAUUUCAUCACAGAAAAUGCCAUCAUGUCUACACGAGAUAUACAUGCCAAACAAAUACAAUUUAAAUAUUUACGACUAUUAUUAGAUGUUUUAAGACAGACUGCUCCUCCUGCUCACUCUGCAAAAGACAGAACGAUGCAUUAUUGCAAAGCUGCGAAUGCUGAUAACGAACUGAAUGCUGAUCAAGAAGAUCAUUCUAAAUCAGCGACUGAAUUUUUGACAAAUUAUACUGCCGAGAAAGCAAUUGACUGGUAUGCGGACGAAUCAUUUCUUAAGCGUUUACUGCAUAAAAUACUUAGCACAGAUAACAUUGAUGCUCUAUUAGACUUCGGUUUCUGUAUUGUUGAUCUCGACAGCCAAUUGAAAAAAUUAAACGCUCAACAAAGUCAAAAUGAAACUGAAACUAAUUUUCAUGUUUAUUGUGGACAAUAUAUAAAUCCAAUGGACUUAAAAACACUUCACAUGAAUGUAGGAGGCUUUAUUUCAAUAAGCACUUUUUUUUCAACAACGAUGGAUCGGCAAAAAGCACUUAAAAUUAUUGAGAGAGUAUUCCAACAGCCACUUUUUGAAACAGUAUUGUUCGAUAUACGUAUUGAUACGUAUAACUCAGAGUCAUCCAAUUUUGCAAGGAUUACACGAAAGUCAGGGUAUAAAAAUGAUAAUGCACAACAGGAAAUAUUAUUUACGCUUGGAACGCUGUUUCGUAUCAACUCAAUUCUCCCACCGAAUAACGAUCUCUACAAUCAACUAUGUAAAGCACAUACUGAUUUCGAUCGAAGUACAUUACACUCACAGUUAUUCACGGUUUAUAGAGGACAGCAAAUGAGUAUGAUGGAACUGAAUAAACUAAAACGGAAUAUUUCCGGUUAUAUAGUUGUGAAAACGUUUUUCUCUGCUACAAAAUCAAGUGAAAUGGCUCUAACUUUUGCUGGUUAUGGAGGACAGCGACCACAGUUCGAAUCAGUUCUUUUCGUUAUCGACAUAAAUAGCAGUGAUCGUGUCAGUACUAUACAAAAACCAUUUGGCAGUAUUGGUCACUUGAGUAAUAUUCCAGACGAAGAUGAGUUUUUAUUUCCUAUGGGAACUAUAUUUCGUCUGAAUGCUGUGAAAGUAUUAUCACAAUCAACUUGGAUGAUUCAUUUGACACUGUAUAACGGUGAAAAUAAAGACAUUAACGAACUAGAUAAGUAUCGAACGUUGAUUUUAAAGUUGGCAAAAGACAGACAAAUAUCAUUUAUUAGAAAAAAACGCUAA